AUGGAGGAGCCAACUCUUUACUCUCAAACUACAGCUCUAGGUGAAGCAAUGCGUUGCUAUCGAAACAUGGAUAUGCCAGGCAUAGACUUACUUGUUGAUGGUGUCGAAUACAAUACUGCAAAGCAAGCUUCUAGUGUUUUUAGACAAAUGGGUCAUCGAGGUACAAUGUGUGAGAUAUACGGGGUUACUCAUUGGUACUUUACAUUUGAGGGUCACAAAGGUUGUGGUGAUUGGCAAGCAGCUCUUGGCAUUACUUUUCGUGUUCAUCACCUUGCUUGGUUAAGCAUGGCUGGGGAAGGGAAAAGAGACUACCCAGCUUCUAUUAAUUAUCAAAGUCUUUGGUACAAGGAAUAUGGUUAUGUCGAAGAUCAUUUCGCAAGAGUUGGAGUGGCAAUGACAAGAGGAAAGGCUGUCACUCGAGUCGGGGUCAUUCAUCCUAUCGAGAGCUAUUGGUUAUGCUUUGGUCCUGAUCGAAGUGGUGAUGAAGCAGGGUCUCGUGAUCGUGCGUUUUCCGACCUCACUAACUGGCUACUCCACGGCUUAAUUGACUUUGAUUUCAUAUCUGAGAGCUUAUUGCCAACUCAAGUGAGUAAGAACCAGGCCGGCAAGAAGCUGAGAGUAGGAUACUGUGAAUACGAAGUGAUCAUUGUGCCGAAUCUACGUACCAUUAGGUCAUCAACUCUUAAAGUUUUACAGGCAUUUUCGAAAGCUGGGGGCCAUGUCAUCAUUGCUGGAAGUUCACCUGAAUUAAUUGAUGCCACAGUCUCGUCAGAGAAGCCUACCAUCAAACAUAGUAUUAACGUCUUCUGGAGUCAACAAAACAUUUUAUGUGCACUAAAUGAAUACCGUGAUCUUCGAGUAAUAGGAGAUACUGGCUCCUCUGUCAAAAGUCUUUUGUAUCAGAUGAGGGAAGAUGGAGAGGAAAGAUUUGUUUUCAUCUGUAACAAAGAUCGUGAUUCCCCAGUCACGACAAAGAUUGAGCUGGAAGGCCAUUGGGAUAUUUCUAUAAUGGACACUUUCAAUGGAGAAGAAAGCCCAGUUCCUAGCCACGUUGAAAGUGAAAGAGCUCCUAAGACACAUGUCACCAUGCGUUUCCUUAUUAGAUCCGAGUUUGAUGUUUUUAAGCCAACAAGAGUGGCUCUUGAAGAUGCUAAAACAAUGGAAAUAAGCAUAAACGACACCAAGUUGAAUUCUCAGGAAGCGGAUGGUUGGUGGGUUGAUGAAGAUAUUCAGACUUUGAGAAUACCAGCUAAUACUAUCAAGAAGGGAACGAAUACGCUCACAAUCUCUUUUCCAUUUGGAAUUCUUACCAAUAUUGAACGUUUGUACUUGCUCGGAGAAUUUUCUAUUGGCACCAAACAUGGUAGGUUUUGUCUCGAGCCACCAAGGAGCAUAUCCUGGGGAGAUAUUACAAAACAAGGUCUACCUUUCUAUGCAGGCAAUUUAACAUACAUCUGUAAUGUCUCGCUACCACCAACAAAUCAUGGCACAAACGUUUAUCUCUCUGUCCCUGAGUUUUCUUCGCCAGUACUCUUUGUGGCUUUAGCCGAUACGGACCAAAAACUUGGACGCAUAGCGUUCCAACCUCGAACGCUCGAUAUUACGUCACUAGGACCAGGAACUCAUAAGAUUGCAAUAACAGCUUUUGGAAAUAGGUAUAAUUCUUUUGGGCACAUUCAUUUACCAGAUGGACUUACGAAUGGUUGUUCUCCGGAUAUCUGGAGAACUGCUGGAAAUUGGUGGACGGAUAACUAUAACGUGAAACCAAUUGGCAUAUUGGAAUGUCCGAGUUUGAAGGCGGAAAUUAUUUCAGUUGAUGUAAUAGAUGAAGGAGAGGAAGAGUGGGAGGUAGUAGAAUAG